ACUAUUAGAGAUGUGCGAUUAGCACAGUGUUUAUUUUUAAAAUCUUCGUCAAAACAAAAAUAUCAGAGUUUACAUCUGUCUCGGACAAUAAAACAAAUAAACAAGGACUUUGGUUAGUUGCCAAUUCCACAGCCAAAAGAUUGAACUUGUUUGCCAAAAGCGGAAUUAUUAUUGCCACAAAUUUAGCCAAAGGAAUUUCCCGCCAAAUUAGCGGCGUCUGAAUUUAAUUGAUGAAAUUGCGAAAUGCCUAUUGCUGUUUUUAAGUCCGUACGGGAAGUGAGCAGUGAAGAUGCGGUGCACGUGGCGGCGAAUCUGCUGAAGGAGAAUGCCGGCAAAAAGUGGCGCAUCAAGUCGCCCGGUGAAAAAUCCGCCUAUGUGAUCCUCGAAUUCGAGGAUCCGCAGCAAAUAACCGGCAUAGAUAUUGGCAACGAGCAUGCCGCCUUUAUAGAGGUCUUGGUCAGUCGGACGGGCUGUCAGGCGGACGAUUUCCGGGAGCUCCUGCUGUCCAGCUCGUUUAUGACGCCUAUCGAGAGUAAGAACUCGAGCAACCAGAACCGUGUGCGCUGCUUCAGUGGCUCGGCCCUGGUGGAGAGUGUCCUGCCGGAGAAGUGGAAGCUACUGAAGAUUGUCUGCACGCAGCCCUUCAAUCGUCAUGUCCAAUAUGGCCUGUCCUUCGUCAAGGUUCAUGUGGUGGCUGCUCCGGCUAAUUCGGCGGCUCCUCCGAAGGUAAAAUCACUGCUGCCCCAGGGAAUGAUGCAGUUCGGAGCGUUUAAGCUUCGCGAGGAGUCUCCAGACUCGGAGACAGACAAUCAGGUCACCAGAUUUCAGCGCUGGAAAAAGGAGACUCAGCCGUCUGCCGUCUCCACAGCGGCUGCCAUACGGGAUGCGGGCUCCACAGCCCUGAGAAGAUUAAGCAUUGGCAAGGUAUCCGGCCUGGCUGCAUCGCCCUCUGCCUCGCCCAAGCCCUCGCCCAAACCCUCACCUUCUCCAUCGCCUGUUCCCAGUUCACUGCCACAAGGAGCCCCUGCUCCUUCGGAGGCCAAGCCCCUGGAUCGCAAUCGAGCUUCCCUAUUGUUUGGCGAUGAUGACGAGGACGAGGCUGUCGAUGAGGGGAAUGCCAAGAAACAGCGGCUGAGCAAGCAUCUGGAGGCGGACAAGGAUCGCCGCCGAUUGGAGCAGGAAAAGGAGAGGGAAAGCAAGAAGAACAAGUCCAGCAGGCAUUCCUUGGAUAAGUCCAGCAGCAAAGAGGAGAAGUCUUCAUCAAAAGAACACAAAAGCUCAUCAAAAGAACACAGAUCUUCCUCUAGAGAAAGGAAAUCAAAGACAAAAGACGACAAAUCCUCAACAAAAGAAGACAAAUCAUCAAAAAAAGAGGAAAGUUCCCAUUCAAAGGAGAAAUCAGGCAGGAAGGAGGAUAAAUCUUCUGCUAGACAUGACACCUCCAAGCACGUGGAUACCUCGAAGGCCAGGGAAAGUCCUCGUCCAUCUGCACAAAAACGGCAUUCAUCGCCCACCACAGGCGCAGCCACGCCCGCCAAAAAACAAAAGGUCAAGGACACACCGAUCCAAUAUCGUCCCUUUAAUCAGUUGCUAAAUGGAGUGUUCCUGGUAAUCAGCGGCAUACAGAAUCCCGAUCGUGCAGAUUUGCGUGCGAAAGCCGUCGCUUUGGGUGCCAAAUAUAAAGCUGAUUGGGAGCCAGGAUGUACUCACCUGAUAUGCGCCUUUAAAAACACUCCCAAAUAUAAUCAAGUGAAGGGCAAGGGAAAGAUUGUAACACGCGGUUGGAUCGAGAAAUGCUAUAAGCUGAAGAAGUAUCUGCCCUGGCGACGAUACGCUCUAGAUACUAAUGAUCUUGGCCAGCCGGAGAGUGAUGAGGAAGUGUGCGAUGAGGCGACUAGGCCAAGUUCGCGACGCGAGUCCAGCGAGGAUGAUGUGGUCAUGGUGGAGAACAACCAGGUGAAGGCUACCUAUGAUGCUGAUCCAGUAGGUCAGAAAAACGGGGAUCUAAAUCAAGAUGCUUCGUCGGGCAUUGAUACGGAAGAUGAAUUGGAGCGCGUUGCGCAAGAGAACAACGUGAAGAAGACCAAACUUAAGACUCCGGUAAAGUCUCGAGAUAUUUAUGAUGUUAGCACAGAUGAGGAGGAUUAUCUAGUGCUAAAAAAGAAGCAGAUAACUGCUGCGGAUUGAGUGCCAUUUCAAAUCUCAUAUUUUUUGUAUACCUCUAUAUGUUUAAAUUGUAUGUAAGUAAUUCUUGAAUUCUUGGGAGCCCAUUUUUAAUGUUUUUGGGCAAGUUUCAUGCAGUAUUCUUUAUUAAGUAAAACUGCUUAACAUAUUUUCUUCACUCAAGUAUCAACAAAAAUUCGACGAAUCCAAAAUGUGUUUGUU